AUGGGCAGUGGAGGGGCAACGGAGAGCAGUGGUCCAGUUGGGACGGAGUAUACGCUGCAAGGGGUUAUGCGCUUUCUGCAGAUGGAAUGGCACAACCACGAGCGAGCAAGAAAUGCUUGGGACAUUGAGCGCGCUGAGAUGAAACAAAAGAUUUCCAAGCUGGAAGGUGAUUCCCGAUCAGCGAAGAAGCUCAACGACAUACUGGGGAAGAACGUUCGGAUGCUCGAGAAGGCGUUGAGGGAUGAACGCGCAAAGAACAAGGCCUUAGCUGGUAGCGAGAAGCCUCCGGCAGAGGACGAGUCCAAGCAAGGGCCGAAGGGCAAGGGCUUGAUGAGGCCGGAGUUGACAAGCGCUCUGCAAAUCCACAAUUCCUUUCUUGAUACUGGAGAUCGACCGGAGGCGGAGAAAGAGGCCAUGCAAGACAAAUCCCGAAUAUACCUUAUCAAAUGUGUCGAAGAGAUUACUUAUCUCCUUACUCCACCGUCUCACCUUCCUCCACCACAAACGAACGCUCAAGCGCAGACGAACUCAACCGGCUUUCUGAGCCAGUCCGAAGCGCCGCUAACAAUGGAGGAUACCUAUCUACAACAGCGUCAGAAGGUUCAGCAGCAGCAGGCUGGAGCGGGCAUGUCGCAUCAAUCAGCAUUGCCGAACCACCAGCCUCCGCCCGUGCCCCUAACAGCCGAACCCAUGAACUCGAUGAACGCGUCAUAUCAGCCCCCUCAAGCAUCCUCCAUGACCAGAGACUCCGUCGGUCAGCAAUUCUCUUCGCAACCCUCCGCGUUACCGUCGGCAGAUCCAUCCAGCCAAACACAACAACCACAAGGCACACCCGGAUUUCAAUCAAUAGCUGAGGAACAAGUGGAGAAAGUGACGCACAGCUAUGACGCGUACGGCAGACCUGUGCCAGCAAGAGAGGAUGAAGCUCUGUCAAUUCGAAAUGUUGUUUCCGAGGAUCCCGAUGGCUGGAACUUCGAUGAGGGCACGACGCUACCUGAACCACCACCCGAUGUACCCCCACCACGGCGGCCAGACACCGACAUGUUCCCCAGUGCGAACAGCAUACCAGCGAAGUCUCCGCCACGCCCCGGCCCCCAGUCACAUGGGCGACGAAGAAGUUCAGGCUCGAGCUCGAUGUCGCGGCGACGAAGCCAGGACCACGAAGCGCGCGAUACGGCGGCGCAGGCUGCCAAGGCUGAUGCACAGGCCUUCAAGGUGCGCUUUGCGCUCCGAGGACACCUGGAUGUUGUCAGAUCAGUCAUCUUUACCGGAGGAGGCAGCCCCUCAGAACCCGAGAUCUGCACCGCUGGGGACGACGGCAUGAUCAAGCGAUGGAUUAUCCCGGCGAGUUACGGCAACUUUGGCCAGCAUGGUACCGGGCCUGAUCUUGACAUUCAGAGUUACUUCUCACACAGAGGCCAUGAUGGGGUCGUCACUUCGUUGGCUGCUUGUCCCUCCUCUGCAUCAUUCUCGACUGGUGGUCGAGUAACGGGUGACGGCUGGAUAUUUUCUGGCGGCCAGGAUGCAACAGUCCGGGUGUGGGAGCGAGGAAGAGUGGAUCCGAAAGCCACAUUAGAGGGACACAAGGAUGCCGUAUGGACCGUCUGCGUGCUACCCGCAACAAGCGCCUCUGUCUUCGGGCAGGAUUCGAACAACUUUGGUGGACCGGAUCGGGUGUUACUCGCAUCUGGCUCUGCCGACGGCACUAUCAAGCUGUGGGCUGUCAGCGCGCCUCCGCAGCUCGCGGCACCGCAAACAGGCUCGAGGCGUGGCGUCGGUGGGAGCCGAAGGCAUUCAGUAACCUCCGGCUCGAACUAUCCUUCCUCGCCUCAGCCAAAUGUGGCCACGGCUACUCCGUUCCACUCUAGUUUGAUCCAUUCCAUCGAGCGUGCAGGCAUUCCUUCCCCUACGUGCAUCAGCCCGCUAUCGCUCACUGGUGAGACUUUUGUGGUCUCGUUCACGGAUUCUUCCGUACUCAUCUUUGAUACUCGAACCGGCGAGGAGGUCAUUGGUAUGGCAAGUGGCGAGACAUAUGACGGUACCCCCGAUACGAGCAUCAACUCCGUCGUUGCGACUUCGGUUGGUCCUGAAGGUGGCAUGAGCGCAGACUCUGGUCGAGGGAUGUCUGAAGAAGACAGUGGCAUGCACGGCGCAACGGGCUCAAGUGAUAGAGGCGGAGUGGAGGGCGUCGUGAUCACUGGGCAUGAGGAUCAAUUCAUUCGGUUCUUUGAUGCCAAUAGUGGUCAAUGCACAUACAGCAUGCGCGCCCACCCAUCCGCCAUCUCAUCCCUGUCACUUAGCAAGGACGGCCGGGAAGCCGUCUCUGCCGGCCACGAUGCCUCGAUCCGCUUCUGGUCUCUCGAGAAGAGAAUCUGCACACAAGAACUCACGAGCCACCGACCCAUGCGCGGCGAAGGCGUAUGCAGCGUCGUCUGGUCACAAGAUGGCCGACUAGUUGUGUCCGCCGGCGGCGACGGUGUGGUCAAAGUGUUCGCCAGAUAA